AAAUGACUCCCACGAUUCCGGGGAAUUAAGAUCAUUGAAGCAUUACUUUGAUAAAAAAUUCGAUGUUAGGGUUAAUUUAGGGGUUCGUUUUGCCAUUUAACCACUCAUGUCGAUCUUCCCAAACGAGUAAAAAUGGUGACCUUGUCAAAAAUCAUGGUUCUGCGCAGACUGCUGGUCUUCUCCUUCUUGCUUCUCACAAUUCAUGCCAUUUCGGCCAAAUCCAAGAACAAUCUUGAAUUCAAAUGGCAGACACUGUCGUCCGCGAAUUUCUCCUCUCAGAUUCGUAUCCAUCCUCACGUUCUCCUCUUCGUUACUGUUCCUUGGUGUGGGGAGUCACGCUCGCUUAUGGAUGAAUUGUCCAAGAAAUUGGCUAUUGAGCAAGAAAAAUAUAGUUCUUUGAAGUUGAUGCUUGUCAAUCGUAAUGUUGAAAACAGGCUGGCUGAUUCUUUGGGUGCUGUUGAGGGAUUAACGGUUUUAUGUUACCAUCAUGCAGUGUCUUAUAAGUAUAAGGGAAUUUUUAGAGUUCAAAAUAUAUUAUCAUCCAUGUAUUAUUUAAUAUCAAAUUCAGUUGAAAACAUUCCUCUCAAGAGACUUGGCAAUUCCGAUGAGUUGGAAAUGUUUCUUGCAUCAACUGAUAAGGCUGUCCUUCUCCUAGAAACUUGUGGUUGGACCUCAAAAUUUCUGAAGCAGACUGGCAAUGAAACUGUGCAAGCUUUGCAGGAAAGCCUCUUUCCAGGGAAUUCAAAUAGAGGAACUAAUCAAACUCUGGCUUCUAAAAUGCAGAAAGACUUGAAGGAUGUUGAAAAUGACAUGAACUUUGACGUUCAACAUGGUUACGGUGGAAGUCCUUGGGUUGGAGAAUUCAGUGCUGAAAAUGUGACCGAAUCUCCUGCAAAUGAGGUUAUGCAGUCGACUGUUGGAACAUCCUGUAGCUUUGAAGAGUACACUAAAUUUAAGGCCUUCUUCUCAAAGUUCAUGGCAUUUGUAAGAGAUGUUUAUCUUCCACCUCAAAGGCAAAGAUAUGGCUUUAUGUCAGAUAGAUCAUUGCUUUUGACUCUUGGUAUAGAAGAUUCUGAUCAAUGGUCAUUGAUCAUAUCCUAUGUUGGAUGUCCUGGUUGCUUGUGGAACUUUAAAGAUGAAAAAUACAUUCAAAAUGCUCUUGAGAUGCGUGAUCUACCUGUAAUGGAGUUGCCAGAUGCUGGAGAGGGAUUUGGACCUGCUCUACCUAUUGAUAAGCCAUCUGUUAUACUCUUUGUUGACAGAGCAUCUGACUCCGUAGAAACUAGAAACAAAAGUCAGAAAGCUCUUCAUGCGUUCAAAGAAGUAGCGUUGCAAUUUUGGAAUUCGUCUCCUAUUGGCCGGCAAAGUGGUGAUUGGCCAAAAAGAUCAUUUCACUCUUAUAAAGGGUUUCCAGGCAUCUAUAAGAAUCAUAGAUUACUGUUAUCACCUUCACCUCAAAUAAAAUCAAAAGAUAAAAUGUCGAUCAUGAUUAUAAAUGAAGGAAAGCAAAUUACUUUAGGCAAUGAAGCUUCAAAUUUGCAAGGUGGUUCUUUACAUGAGAUCUUGACAUAUUUGGUUGGGCAAAAGAAGCAAGCGAGAUUAAGCUCUCUUGCAAAGGAAGCAGGUUUCCAACUGCUUUCUGAUGAUUUAGACAUAAAGAUUGCUGAUGUCUUGUCUUCUCAUGAAGAAAGUCUGAAUCAGGAUUCAGCCACGAAAUUGGAUGAAGUCCCCGAAGAAAGUAUUGAUGAGAAGAUUACAGAUUUAAGAGAUGACUUGGCAGUUGACAUGAAUCAACAAAUUCAAUCUACUAAUAUUGAAGCUCCAUUUGAGUAUAGUAACGGGGAAGCAUCUAUUGAUAGUGCAAGUAAACAUUCUGGAAUUGUGGAUCCUGAGAAAUCUGCCAAUGACCAUGAAAUUAUGUAUUCCCUAAAUAAAGAUUUGAGAAUGGAGACUGAUGCUGAUAAUGAUGCGUCGGAUGGUCUCAGGCAUCAUUUCAAUGCCUUUAACGGUUCAUUUUUCUUUAGUGAUGGUAACUACAAAUUUCUUAGAUCUCUUGUAAUUAACUCAGAAGUUCCACGACUAGUGAUAGUUGAUCCAUUGACCCAGCAGCACUAUGUCUUAACUGAAGAAGCAACUUACAAUGUUAAUUCUGUAAUGACGUUUAUUAAUAAAUUUCUUAAUGGAAGUCUUGUUCCAUAUCAGCGCGCUGGACCCUUGCAGACGUCUAUGGAAAUGCCACAACCACCAUUUGUUAAUCUAGAUUUUCGUGAAAAGGAUUCUAUCCCUUGUGUUACGGCUGAUACUUUCUCUGAGUUAGUUCUUGGUUCUAGUGAAUCGAAUGUCCAAAAUGCAACCAAUGCUUGGCAUAAGGAUGUGAUUGUGAUUUUCAGCAAUAGCUGGUGCGGUUUUUGUCAGAGAAUGGAAUUAAUUGUUCGUGAAGUGCACCGGGCCCUGAAAGGCUACAUUGACAUGGUUGAGUCGGAACCAAGACACAAGGAGAUUUUUUCUCAAGAUGACUUGAAGGAUGUUAUUUCUAAGCUGCCAGCAUUUUAUUCGAUUGAUUGCACGCUAAAUGAUUGCAGUUGGAUUCUUAAAUCUAUUGGUCAAAGGGAAGUAUAUCCAAUUUUGGUGCUGUUUCCAGCAGAGAGGAAGACUGCUAUUGUCUAUGAUGGGAAUAUGAUGGUUGCAGACAUAUUGAAGUUUAUAUCCAACCACGGAAGCAAAUCUCAUAAUCUUGCCAAACUGAAAGGAACACUGUGGACUGAAUUCUUAGAGAAAGAAAAGCAUAAUGAAAACUUCAGAGCGGCAUUCAAGAGUGUAGAUUCUGACGUUAAUGAUAAAUAUUUUGGAACCAUUGCACAAAAUGCAGAGGAACAAAAGCCAGUGAUAAAGUUGGAAGAACAAGCUGCUCUACGAGAUGUUACAUUUGGCUCAUUUCUAAUUGCCACAGAGCUUCUGUCGGAAUUGAACCCGUUUUUCAAAGCCAGAAUUCUGAUUGUGGGAGCCGUUCAUGAUGUAGGAUUUCAAGGUCUGAUCAUUAACAAGCCUAUCAACAGCUGGAAUUUGUUGCCACAAUUUCAUGAUGCGAAACUGCUAGAAGCAGCUCAUGUUUCAUUUGGAGGCCCAGUUAUACAUCAAGAAAUGCCUCUUGUUUCCUUGACUAAGAUUUCUUUUAAUGAUCAGCACCCUCAAGUUCUACCUGGUGUCUAUUUUCUUGACCAAUUGGAAACUCUAAAUAAAAUUAAGGAAAUCAAAGCAGGAAAUCUUUCUGCAACUGAUUUAUGGUUCUUUUGGGGCUAUUCAGGCUGGAGUUGGGACCAGCUUUUCAGUGAGAUAGAUGAAGGAUUGUGGAUUGUUGACGAGGGGAACGACAAAUAUUUGCAAUGGUAAAAAUGAAAGCUGUAUUUUGCAUAACUCAAUUUCUCUUGUCUAAAGGGCCCUCAAGUGCUGGAGGACUUCUUUUGGUACAUCUGAAUUUAUGAGCAUGAAUGUUACGACUUUUGCCGGAAGAUUAUGGAAUUUUCACGCUUCAGAAGGACAAUGUUUGAUGCAUUGUAUACAUUUAAGGUUCAUUUGUGCCUUCCCACCUAUAUGAAAGUUCUCUCAGUACCUUUUAUUUCAGUGUCAUUUCAGAGGACUGAAGAUGCGCCUUGGCUCCUGAUUUGAUGGCUGGCUUAUAAUUUUGGUUCUCAUUUGUAUUUAUCUUUUUAUCACCGUUUGGUCGCAACCGAUCCGAUCUUUUUGGGUUAAGGUUUUGCCAUUGUUGUAUCUUUUAGUUGGAAUAUGGAGGAAUCAGAUCACAAAAUGAAACAGGAAAGCAAAAGUUGGAGUUAUUGGGGCUUUAUUUGAAAGGAGAUGUACUUGUAUAGCAGAACUCACAUUUUGCUGAUGAUUUAAUUGCUGCAGUAAGUGAGAAUGCUUGAAUAUGAACAGUAGUAGUAGAUUCCAAUUCUAGUCUCAUGUUGUCAUAUGUAUACUUGAUAUCAAAUAUUAGUGCCUUCCCCAUAACAGUACAUUCUGAACAAUUCUGCUGUCUUGUUUAGGUUAUGUAAGGUCAUGUCUGUUUUGUUGACAGAGCCAAAUUUGGAAAUAAAUGAGUCUUCUUUAUAAAAAAAUGUUUGUCGAAUUGUUCCUAAAAUUAGCGUCUUUUGUCUAUUCCUUUGGCUUUACUAACAGCGAGUAGGUAAAGAGUUUGACCAAGAGCCAAUUUAUAUAUGAAAAUAUAAAAAUUUGUAUUGAAGCCUUCAUCAUUAUUUUUUUUGUUUGUUUUAUUUGAAUGAUCAACAACUGUAUCAAUAGGAGUAACAAAAUACAGGAAAGAUCAACAACUUUUGUACAACAAACUUUAUUGUGCAAAAAAAUGG